AUGGCAUCGGAUGCUCCAUCCUGUCCGUUCCUACGUCUUCCAAGAGAGCUGCGCUACGAGAUUUACGAUCAUCUAUGUCGCCAAGAUUUCAAGAGCUACCCAUUCCGCAAGCUGCCAAUCUCGUCCAUUGAUCAAACAGGCCCACCAACAGCGCUACUUGUUACUUGUCGCUACCUCUGCGACGAAAUCAGUACCUACUUCAUGGCAAAGGUCACCUUAGGGCUCAUUGCUCAGCAUACACCAUUGUGUUCCGAGGAAAUUGACCCAAUCCCGCUCAGUGUCAUCCAGAAAGCAAAAAAGAUCGAUGUGAGGAUAGACUGGCAACGCGUCCCGCAGGCUGGUGUAGACAUCAGCCACUGGCCGUAUCAAGUGAACGGGUGGCUUGCGGACCUGGUCCAUCUGCUGCUAGACAAGACCAAGGGCUUGGAAAUCAUCACUAUGUCUUUUGUUGAACUUGGACGGGGCACAAACUGGGAGCAGAAGGAGAGGACACUAACGCCGUUAAAAAAUAUUGCUGGGCGAGUGAGGUUUCGGCUAGGCGACGUCAUAACAGAGGAUGAGAAAGCUGCUGAGUUGAAAGAGCGACUUGGAAUAUACCUGGGGGAGCUCAAUGAGGUUGUGUUACCGGCUGUCGGCUCUUGA